AUGACUGAUAUCCUUGAACGAUUAGCCGAGAGACAGGGUCCAGGGCCACUUAACCAACCGGGGCCCCAGGAUAGAGGGGAAGAUAGGGCUUUGGAAAGGUUUCUGAAAUUUAACUCGCCUAAGUUCACUGGAGAACCUAAUUCUGAGGUAGCAGAGAACUGGUUGGAAAGGAUGACCAACAUAUUUGCCGCCUUAGACUACACCGAAGAUAGGCGAGUGAACUUUGCUGCUUUCCAAUUCGAGAGAGUAGCCCAUGCCUGGUGGGACAUGAUAAGGGAAAAGUGGGAGAGAGUCCAAACCCCUUGGAAUUGGAAAAACUUCACGAGGGAGUUUAAUGAAAAGUUUCUUCCACCUCUAAUCCAAGAGAAGCGGGAGGAUGAGUUCAUCAAGUUGACUAAGGGAAGAGGGCUUGGUUGCACUCUUACUGGUGGGACAUUUACUGAAGCUUUGGAGAAAGCACAGAGAGUUGAGAGCACAAGGAUGCAAGCUAGUAAGAGUGCCCCGCCUUCUAAGAUGGGAAGGGGAACGGGAGGAGUGAGGACCGCUGGAGCUUCAAGGGGAGUUCUAUCCAGAGAAGGUCGUAGUGGGCCGGUUCAAGCGAGGGGAGUGCCUUCUAGUGGUCUGGCCGUAACCCCUCGAGUCAACUGUGGUUACUAUGGCAAACCAAAUCAUUCAGAGAAUGAUUGUUGGAGAAAGUUGGGAAAGUGUUUGUUCUGCGGUAGUGCCGAGUACCAACUUGCGGGUUGUCCGAAGGCGCUAAGAGUAGGAGGUAGUACUCAAAGGCCAGAAAAGUCAACUUCUAAACAGACUAGUACUGGAGGGAGUCAUCCAAAGGUACCUGCUAGGGUUUACGCAUUAGACUACCAAUAG